CAGUUGCCAUGGGAACUGGGAAUCUAUUCCAAGAACCGGGAAGGUACUGGACAGUUUUGGGCAGGGCUCCCUCUACCUGAUUCUGUUUCUGUUUUGCAAAGAUUCCUUUGGAGAGUCAACUUCAUGGGAGCAAGUGAGGAGCAUGGAAUUGUGUGUGUGUGUGUGUGGGGGGGGGGUGGACUGUUGUAGUUGUCCAGGUGAGAGAUAAGGGUAGGGGCUAUGAAGAGGGAGGGUGGAAAAGAUCCAUGGUUGUGGGGAGUGUGGAGCAGGGGUUAUCAGUGGGUUAGUUGAGGGGGCCUUAGCAGCCUCUUAGGUCCCUGCUGUUUAGUAAAUUGGCCCUUCCCUAGCUUCUAUCCUUUGUCUUCAAGAGGAGCAGGGUCUGUUCCAACCUGGAUUCCACCAGCUCAGGUGCUCUCAUUAUGGCCCCUACUAAAGGCACUCUGCAAAUCAGGCCUAUGCCAGCAGAUGUUCAUUAUCCAGGCCAAGACCAGGGAAGGUUUGAAAGCUUCAGAGAGAGCCGCUGGAGAGAUACACAAAAGCCCUUUGUCUAGGCCAUGGUAAUUUCCUGGAGGGAUGCCCUAUACACUGCCCCUCCUUGAAGGGCUUGGGGUGGGAUAGGGGUCCCAACACAGAACUGGUGGCCUCAACAGCAGGAGGAAGCACUGUGUGCCAAUGUUAGGUGGGGCUCCAGAAAUGCCCCAAAAUUGUGGGGCAUCUGGGUACACCCUCUGGGGAUUAUAGUCUUCUCACCACCCCAGUGGGGGAAUGGUCACUCCUGACCUCAGAGACUGUGUUUGCAAUAACUUGUAAUAAUGAGCUCAGAGGCAGCUCUUAAAACAGUGACGGUGACUAGAGAUGGACCACCACAGGGAGGGAAACCUUGGGGGUGAGCCUGUGAGGUCCGACCCAGCCUAACACAUACAGAAAAACUGACAUUAUCCACUUACCACAAAUUUCCUCUUUUGUGACUUGGGGACAUUAAGAGACCUUCCCUCCAAUGUGAGGAUUAAGCCGUUCCUGAUGACAACUGUGUUAGCUGUCCAGGAGUACCUCCAGUCCCUGUGUGGUUAGAGUCAGCAGGAUACUCUACCACACGGCGCUAGCUCCAGAAACCUAGGACCUCAACCGGAGGCCACAGCUAUGGUGGGCCCUAGGUACCCGGUGUCAGUACGUGCAGCAGCUCUGGUGCAGACAGAGAGGCUCCAAACAUUCGCUUUCUCUGUGUACUGGUCUGAUGACAGCAACACCUUUGUGCGAAGGAGCUGGGACGAGUUCAGGAGGCUCCACAAGAUCCUCAAGGAGACCUUCCGGGUAGAGGAGGACCUGCUGCAGAGAUCUGAUCGAGUUUUCCCCAAGUUUCCAGAUGCAUCCACAUCACUGUUGGCACGAGGGGGGCGCAAGGGCCGUGGCCUGGUGCGCCUGCGGUUGCUGGAGACCUAUUCUCAGAAGCUGCUAGAAGCAGAGCGGGUGUCCAGUGGGCCAGUGCUUACUGGCUUCUUUGAACCACAGCCCCAGGACCUGGAGCCCUCACUGCCACCUGGCAGCCUGGUGAUCUUGCCAGUCCUGGAAGAGCCUCUACCUCACCCUGUGGGCAGCCUCGUGACUCUGAGCCUGCACUGCCUCCAGCCCUUCAGCACCCAGGACUCACGGGGCCAACCCUUCCAUGCACAGGCCCAGGAGGUCCUAAAUGUGCUGCUGCGACACCCCUCAGGUUGGUGGCUGGUGGCUAAUGAAGACCAGCAGAUGGCAUGGUUUCCUGCUCCCUACUUGGAGGAAGUGGCCCUGGGCCAGGGACAAGACAGGGGACAGCCCCUAGAGAGUAAUGGCUCCCAGUUCUGUGCUUCCCGAGCCUACGAAGGCAGCCAGGCCGAUGAGCUGUCAGUGCCGGCGGGGGCAAGAGUGCAAGUGCUGGAAAUGUCAGACCGAGGCUGGUGGCUGUGCAGGUUCGGUGGCCGCACAGGUCUUCUCCCUUCUGUGCUACUGAAGCCAGACAGGAUAGGCGUGCUUCUGAAUGGACCAAGGCUCCAUUCUGGGGCAGAGGGUGGGGAGAACAGAGUGGGGGAGACCCAAAGCUCCCCUAAGUCCCCCCAGGCCAUGACCCUUCCCCCUACUGUGCCCACCCGCCCCUUGCUGAAUGCCAUUCAGAGCCGCUGCUGCACCAUCACCCGUAGGGCACUGGGGAGGGUCCCAUGGCGUCAAGGUUAUCCUUGAAGGAGUGUGAACUACACGGAGAGCUGCGUUGUGCAUCCCACUGCUGGAGCGGCAGGCCAGAGGC